AGCGCCGAGCCGCAGUGUCAUCGCGGCACCGCCCCCGAAACGCGUCCGCAGCGCCGGGGCUUCAUACGCACAUUCCCGUGACGUUCAGCCCAAAAAAGAAAAGGCAGCUCGGGUGCAUUGAGAGACGAGCCAGCUAGCGACGAAUCUGAGUGACCAAAAGGCUUGACGUACCACCAGCAUGCCACUGUUCGGAAAAUCUCACAAGAGCCCGGCAGACAUCGUCCGGACACUGAAGGAGAACAUGGCCAUCCUGGUGAAGCAGGACAAGAAGACGGAGAAGGCAUCUGAGGAGGUGUCCAAGUGUCUGGUGGCCAUGAAGGAGAUUCUCUAUGGGACCAACGACAAGGAGCCGCACACAGAGACCGUGGCCCAGCUGGCCCAAGAACUGUACAACAGUGGCCUACUCAUCUCCCUGGUCCAGAAUCUGCAGGUGAUCGACUUUGAGGGCAAGAAGGACGUAUGUCAGAUCUUCAACAACAUCCUGAGGAGGCAGAUUGGCACCAGGAGCCCAACGGUGGAGUACUUCUGCUCUCACCAGGAGGUGCUCUUUGUCCUCCUAAAGGGGUAUGAGACACCCCAGGUAGCUCUGAACUGUGGCAUCAUGCUGAGAGAAUGCAUUCGACACGACCCCCUAGCCAAGAUCGUCCUGCACUCAGAGCAGUUCCGAGAUUUCUUCAGCUAUGUAGAGAUGUCCACCUUCGACAUCGCCUCUGACGCCUUCGCCACCUUCAAGGACUUGCUCACAAGACACAAGGUUCUGGUAGCUGAAUAUUUAGAACAGAACUACGAUGCUGUAUUUGCCGAUUAUGAGAAGCUGCUGCACUCUGAGAACUACGUCACCAAGAGGCAGUCUCUCAAGCUGCUGGGGGAGCUGCUCCUGGACAGACACAACUUCACAGUGAUGACGCGUUACAUCAGCAAGCCAGAGAACCUGAAGCUCAUGAUGAACCUGCUAAGGGACAAGAGUCCAAACAUCCAGUUUGAGGCCUUCCACGUCUUCAAGGUGUUCGUGGCCAACCCCAACAAGACACAGCCCAUCGUGGACAUCCUCCUGAAGAACCAGACCAAGCUAAUCGAUUUCCUCAGUAACUUCCAGAAGGAUCGCACGGAUGACGAGCAGUUCAACGACGAGAAGACCUACCUGAUCAAACAGAUCCGGGACCUGAAAAAACCAGCCUCUUAGAUCCUGCCGACCGCGGGGUCUUUUUUUCUAUUGAGAAAGCGACAACGAGAAUAGUACCAAUAAUAAUUCUAUUUAAAAAAAAAAUGAAAAGAAACGUUUUUAUUAGUUCGCUUACAGUUUGCAGAAAAGGAGAAAAAUAGUUCUCAAUCUGAAAUUCCACAUCACUUUAACGACGUUCUUUUAUUUUUAGCGUAGUACCACAUUUGGAUUUUAUUGCAAGGUUUUUUUCCCCCUUUUUUCUUUUCAAUGCUAAUUUAAUUUCUUGUCGAGGGAGAAUCGAAGGUUACAGGAAGCCGAAGCGGAGGGUGAAGUCUUUGCAAAGAGCAGCGCUCCUAGGCGGUCCGAGUCCGGUGCGGCUCCUGGUGUUUGUGAAUACCUACUGUUUUCUUUCUGUCUGCGUUAAUUUGCCAACCUGGGUUUUACUAUAAGAAGGAUGUCUUUCAUGAGUUAUUUGUGAAAAGUCCAUAUUCGUCACACGGGCUUCUUUCCUGGCGUGAAUGCGGCGGCAGUACGAUCCAGAGGCCCCGUCCACCUGCAUUCCUAUAGUUUUCCUUACCGAGGCGCCGCAUGGGCUUUCAUUCAUGCCGGGGCAGCUGCUGUGAUGACGCCUGCACCGGUGCAAUUGCGAGGAAACGAUUAAAAACGGGAGGUGAAAAGCACUUGCGAUUAAUCUGACAAAAAAAAUCGGAUGCUUUCUGCUUAGCCUCCGAACAUUUUGGGGAACAUCGGCUGUAAACGAAGUUCCACAUUUCAUACCGAUAUAAUCAGUAUUUGAACGGUAGCUGUCUUGAUUGACAUGAUUGUGGGUGAAAGUGGAAGAAAGUGAAAUAUUGAUUUCUUUGAUUCAGUGCUACUAGUAUUACUUUAUUCCGUAUAGCUGUAUUCUAAUAUUUUUAAAAUAUUUUUAUUCUAUUUUCUUGAUAAACAGGGCUUUAUCGAAUUUUUCUUUAAUCGUGUAUUUUUGGUCAUGUAUAAAGGCUGAUUUUAAACCGUAGCGGGGCAUUUACAGUGGCCUGACACUUUGUACUUUUUCAGUUGCUCCUUCUCAAGUAAACAUAAGAACGGAGGUUGGUAUUUUAUGCCUGGUAUUUAUACAUGUGUGAUUUGUAAUGUAAUGAUUUAUUAUUUAGCUUUCAUUCAUUAUUCGCAAUCGGGAGAAUUGCACUGUGGGCCUGUGAAACACCACGAGAGAUUCCUUUUGCUUUGGUGUUUUUGCUGUUUUUUCCUGCGUUUUGACGAGAUUUUUAGGGGGAGCUGCGGUGAAGCGAUGAACCCCUUCAAGCAGGUAACGCUGCUAUUUAAAACAAUAUUUGUAGCUGAAAUUUGAAUAGACACAGACUCGUAUGCCGACGGUGUGGUCAAACAAAAUUUCUUGAAAUCGAGGUUAUUCGGGACCAGGAGCAUGUUUCCUCAUCUGCUUCCAUAUAAGAGAAAUUAUGAAUAUAUUUGGAUUUAGGUUUCAGUAAGAACUGUUAGACGAAGCUCGAUCGGUCAUAUAAAAACGAAUAACGGCGAACUUUGAAACCCAUUUGGCGUCGUAAAGCUUUAGACGCGAUCCGGCAGUUUGCCUGUCAAUAUAAUCGGCGAAACCGCGUCCAAGCACGAGCGGUAAAAAUGACUGAUCGUAACCCGAGGCAGAUUAUUCGGCAACCGCUGCAACACUGAGGAAGUCCUCUGUUAGGCACCAUCAGAAGCGACAGGUAAUUCCCCGUUUUGGGCUGGGAAUGUAAUGAUGAGACAAUUGUACGAGGCGGUUGUACGAUUCCCCUCGAUGCUACUGUAGUAUAUGUCACCCGCAAAGGAAAAUAAAGGAUAAAUUCUCCAAA